ACCGCCCUUUCUGGCACUUAAAAAAACUAUCGGCAAUAUAUGCCUAAUAAUGCUAUGGUUUCCCACUGUGGGCAUUUCCAUAUAUAAGUACUGUGGGCUAUGCUUAUUUAUUGUUUGUUUUGUCUGUGUUCUCCGCCGCCCCAGACAAGAAGGAUUGAGUGUAAUUACCGAAAAAGGUGUUUAGUAUACAACAAAGGGGAGAAUCACGGUGUGCUAGCUCUUGAAUGAUGCGAAGGAACAGUGACUACAGCUCGGAGGGGAGCAGACUGUUGUCCAUUUACUGAACAUGCCUGGUACUGUGCAGCCGAGAACCACGAAAGAUGGUUCAAUGUGUUGCAUGUCCCCAUGUACUGUAAACACUGUGCUAUAAAUAUUUAGGACGUGCAUACAAAAUGACUGCGACGGGCACGUUAUCUUUGUGCUUUUUACUGACCUUCUGCACAGCAAGCGAUGCCAGUCGGAAUGCUGUUAUGGUAAAUUAUCCCCAGGACCUGCAUACAGUACACAGAGGAGGUGUAUUUAUUUUAUCUGAGGAAGAUCUGACUUCCCGAAAUUACAGCACUGCACAAGAGUGUCAGGCUGUUACUUCUAAAAAUGCCUCAGAACGCUGCACAUUUGUGACAACAAAUGAUGAUUGCCAGGAUGACAGUGGCUUCCUACAUUACCUUAAAGGGGCUUUUUGUUUCUUCUCUCCUCGGAUGCUGCCUUUUGCAGUAUUUUUGUAUGCACUCUGGCUCUUUUACUUGUUUUUAAUCCUUGGAGUAACCGCUGAGAAGUUCUUUUGUCCCAACUUGGCGGCGAUUGCUAAUGUAAUGAGGCUGUCUCACAAUGUGGCUGGUGUAACAUUUUUGGCCCUUGGAAAUGGAGCACCUGAUGUCUUCAGUGCUGUGGCAGCAUUUUCUGCCCCUCGUUCUGCAGGCCUUGCUAUUGGUGCACUGUUUGGUGCGGGAGUGUUCGUGACUACUGUAGUGGCUGGUGGCGUAGCCAUGGUUAAGCCAUUUAAAGCAGCUUCCAGACCAUUUCUCAGGGAUGUCAUAUUUUACAUGAGUGCUGUUUUCUGGACCUUCACCAUUUUAUAUCGAGGAAGGGUAACACUGGGAGAAUCAGUUGGGUAUCUGGGCCUCUACAUACUAUAUGUGCUAACAGUCGUGCUCAGCAGCUGGAUCUAUCGCAUGCUCAGAAGUAGAGGUCAAGAUUUACAGCCAGAUGGCUCUGAAUCAGACACCUCUUCAUUCUCUGACGAAGGGAACCCACCAGUUCUUAACAGCAGUAUCCAGGAUCCGGUUUCAGAUUCAGAGUAUGAACCUUUAAUACGUGAACCUGAGUCGACCUUCUCGAUUUUCUUGAAUUCCAUUAACCCCAUAGAUUGGAAGAGAGUGAGAAGAAGAACAUGUGUAUGUAAAUGGUUCAAAAUUAUAAAGACUCCAGCAGAGUUCAUUCUAUUGCUGACUGUCCCAGUAGUAGACAAUGAUAAAGAUGAUCGUAACUGGAAACGGCCCCUCAACUGUCUGCAUCUCAUCACUAGCCCUUUGGUCUUCAUCCUUACUCUAAAGUCUGGAAAAUAUGGUGUUCAGUGUAUCGCUGAUGUAUUUCCUGUUUGGGCGCUGGUGAUGCUGCUUGGAGCCUGUUUAGCUAUACUUGUGUUCUUCACCACAACAAAUGAGCAGCCCCCCAGAUACCACUGUAUCUUCGCUUUCAUUGGGUUCCUUAUCAGUGCAAUGUGGAUUAAUGCUGCAGCCACAGAAGUAGUCAGCCUUUUACGAACCUUUGGCAUAAUUUUUAAGUUAAGUGACACAAUCCUGGGUCUGACACUUCUUGCUUGGGGUAACAGUAUUGGAGAUUGUUUUUCUGACAUCACUCUGUCAAGACAAGGCUACCCUCGUAUGGCCAUUUCCGCCUGUUUUGGAGGAAUUAUCUUCAACAUGCUGUUUGGGAUUGGAUUAGGGCUGAUAUGCCAGAUGUCCUUGGGUCAUACUGUGAUUGAGCUACAGACAGAUGGCCUGUUGAACUGGAUCUUGGCAGGUGCUUUAGGGAUCAGUCUGGUACUGUCUUUUGUGCUCAUCCCUCUGCAGUGCUUUUAUUUCCAUCGAAUUUAUGGAGUUUUCCUAAUCAUCUACUAUGUGACAUUCCUCAUAGUGGCAGUACUGACUGAAGUUGGAAUUAUUUAUGUGCACCAUCCUUGACUGUUUUAAAUUAUUCCACUGUUCUAUAUCUUUUUUUUUUAUUAUUAAUACAGAGUUGAAGAAGAUUUUUAUUCUUCUUUGAAUUUGUUUAAAGUGUAUAUCAGAUGGUGGUGGGUAUUUUAGUAUGUGAAUUUGCUCAGUAAGAUUGUUUUUAAAAUUAGCUUCAGAGUGGAGCGUGUUACAUUGGGUGCUAGUAGCACUCUGAAAUAGUCAGGAAGGGCCAAACUGGCAGGCAAAUACUCUCUCAGACCACACUGUGCUGCUUUAUGUUAGAAAGAAGGUCUUAUACAGUGUUUUGGGGUUUUAUCACAUUAUCUUCCCUUUUUCCACAUUUCUUUCUUUCGAUAGUCUGCCUUUAGAAUGUGUGUUUUAUUGAUUUUUAGGGUUAGAUUUUCACAGUCUUAGCUGCUGUCAUUAAACACUGAUCAUGUCAAACUGUUACAUUCUGAUCAUAAAAAGUAGGUAUGUCAGUGCAGUCCAUAAGCUCCUAUGUGGUGACCAUUAGCCUAGAAUAAUUGGGGCAGUCAGUACCAACCAGAUAAGGAGUAUUCUGGUAGAUAAUGUUGCCUGUGGUGGAAGGUUCAAUGCAUGCUAUUAACUGAACAAAUGUCAUGUGACCACAUGAGUGACAUCACCCAUGAGGUCAAAAUCAUGCACUUUAAUGAAGAAGCAGUGGUAUAAAAAUGCUAUUAGUAUCAAGUGCCCUAGCACACCCAAUGUUUGCUGCUGUCUGUGCACUCCAGUUUUAUAUCUUUGGCCAUCUGUGGACAUGAUAUGCUUGCCUCUGUGGUUGUACAGUACUGGGCAAUGGGUCUGGUGUGCUGGAACUAUAAAUAUACCCUUCUCAGAAGGUCAUUAAAGGGAUUGGCAGUGUAAAAGGUGAUAUCAUCCCUAACUGAAUGUGCGGGUAGUAGAUGCAUUGGUGAAGUCCCAGCAAUUCAUGUUUGUACACAGUUUAGGUUUAGUACAAUAAGAUCUUUAGUGGGUUCAUAGGUUCAUACUAGGCUAUCUGCCCUAGGGCAUUUAUAAGCCUAGCCAGAGUGUGUGUGGCUUUCACCACCCCUUAGGAUGAGAAUACUAU